AUGUCCAACACCUAUUUCGCGAUCUAUAAGUCCUGCGUUACUUUUGCGAUGAAUUAUUGUUUGGCAUUCAAAUUAACUUGGAUACUAUUCUAUCAUGUAUAUGCUCUGAAAGAUGAAUCUAACAAUCUACUCAACGGUUCUUCAGUUAGUAUCGGGAGAACUACUAAUAGCCAUGUUAAUUUGUCAAUCCUUAAAUCCAGUUUACCUACAUUGGAUUAUGUUUUCACAUCUGUUAAUGUUACACCGAAAUCAAAGCUUACAACAUCAAACGUCACCGUUAUUUCCGAAGAUAUGUCGACUACCAAACUUUCGAAUUCUACUAAGCAGUUGGAUAAAUUUUUAUCAGAGAAAACUACAGAGGUUAGACGUAUAAUAACUGGAACGCAUACUAUCCAAGAGGAAGAAGUUGCUGAAAUCGAUGAGUUUGAAAAAAACAAAUUAGGCGAAAGCUCCAUCCAUUCAGGCGAUUCACAUGCUGAUCUAAUACAAGAGCCACGAAGAAAAGAUUCCGAGGAUAGUGGGCCACAGAUAGAUCCCGGACAGUCUAUAUUUGACAGAAAGCAUUCUACCGAAUCUGAGUCUAAAAAAUCCAAUGGAUUCAUAUAUCAAGGCGACUCUGGUACUGUAGUUCACGAUAAAUUAUAUACUCCCGAUAUAUCCGUGAGUUACGUCCUCGUACUAUGCUGCAUUCUAGUUGUGCUUAUUCUGUGCAUUUGGAAACCUCUUUGUCAUAUAUUGUACAAUAUAUACGGUGGGUGUUGUACACGUUCUCGUGUUAGUAGAAUUGAUCUGAAUAGCAAAGUGGCAUAUCGUCAUUUAAAUACAGAGGAGCUUUAAAUCCGUUGAUACUAUCAUUGGACAUAUCAUAUUACUUGUUGCAUUGGAUAUUUAUUCGUAUAUACACGAACAAUUUGUUUUUUCUACAUGUAUGCAUCACACUUGUUCUUUUUCUCACUGUUCACAAACAUCUCUCACUUAGUUGUUGUUUAGAAUUCUUUUAUAUUCCUCUAAAUUAUUUUGUAUUUGAGUAUGAUAAAUAUAUCGUAGGUCAAAUUUGAUAAUUUUAAUCUUUAAUCUUCUUCAUCAUCAGUGUGUUUUCGAUUGUAUGCUAUUUGAGGCGAAUAGCUCUUUUUUAUUGGAGAAUUUUCAUAUGACGGAUAAAUGAAAGCAUUAGGUUCACUAUCAUAUUUGAAGUUUUGUUCUAAAGAUUCAGUUUGCCUGUCGGUUACACAUAGAUCAUCUACUUAUCUGACUAUACAAGCCAGAAAAGAAUUGACCGACCGGAAAAACCUGUUAUUCUUAAUGAUAACUUCUUCAACACAUAUUAGACAAAUUUUGAGUAAAUGUGACUGUCUGUUUGAGAUUUUUUGUGAACCAGAUCUAUUCAGUUUUACUCAUCAAAUUCUUGUUAAUCGUGUAGAUUUUCUAUUAAAACUAUUUCAGUGUUGUAUAUUUCACUGGAUAAAAAAUGAUAUAGUAUGGUUCUGGUGCUUUCAUAAUAACCUGUCCUCUAUCUAUCAGCAAUCUUUCACAUACUGAUGCAUAGAAUGUAUUCGUUAAAUAAAUUUCAUACAUUAUUCGUCAUCUUAAAACUAUCCUAAUUUAUUCCGAAUAAUCUCAGAACCGAAUCAUAUGAUUAUAAAUAUCCGAGUACAUUGUAUAAUUUAUGUAGUGUUCGUAAGUUGUCAAGUGACGCUUGAUCUACUAAUGUGAUUUUACUAAAAACGGAGAAAUUCAAUGUUGUCUUAAAUUUCUAUAUUAAUACUUGAGUGAUAAUUGUACGAACAAGUGUUAAUAAGUUUUUUUUUAUUUGCAAAGCUGAUGAAACGCUACUACAUCGUGAACUUUCAGCAAUCUUAAAAUAUUUAUGUUGCCUACUGGUAAAUGAGUUAAUUUAGAGGUAUGGUCAACAAAAUUCCUCUUAAAAAAGUAAUAAAGAGUUUAUUUCUACAUUGCUAACAA